AUGUGUGUGUGUGUGUGUGUGUUCUCUUUCUAUUUCACUGCAACAUUGAAAACACUAGGUAAGCAUUAUUUACUUGCACUGAAACCAUUUAUGCUAUUCAUUUUCCAAAUAGUGUAUUGUAUAGGUAUUUUUAAAAAUUAUUUCUAAGGAUCUGCUAUUUAUCUUGGAUCACUAAAUAAUUUAAAUUGAAACAUGGAUUACUAACAAUAACUGAAUUCCAUUGAUCAGGUUUGUAUUAUUAUAACCCUAGCUAUGAUGAGUUGCUAAAUACUGCAGUAAAAUGCUGUCUGUUUUUAUACCUUCAAAUCUCAGUCAUGUGUAUAUGGUUAAUACCUGCUCAAUACGUCACUGAAGAACUUUUCAACUCUAAGUGUUACUACAGCUAAUAUAAUGAUGCAAUAGCUCCUAGCUGUAGUCAGUUCAAUUUGGGACAUAGGUCUCCAAUGUGCAGCAUCGAAAGACUACCGUAGCUAAAGUAAUAUUAGGCAGUCUCUGAGAAACCAGCCUCUAGUGUUUCGAGUUUUAAGUAAAUGUAUUUUACCUGCGAAUUCUUGUCUUGCUGAACCUACUUUACACAGUAGAGGGCGCUUGGCGUCUGUGCUAGGGAAGCCUACUUCCUUGAGACAAUACUUAUUUCUAUUUUGCAGGUUUGCACAAUUUGUUAGCAAGCCACCUGCAUAACAGCAGGAGCUAAUGAGGGCUGCACUAAAAGGGUUCAUUCAGAGGGUUAUGAUACUGAGUAUUGACCACUGACCUUUCCAAUGCUAACUAACACUAAUCCUAUAUAAUUCCGCCAGACGUAAAUUGUGAUGCUUUAAAACAGAAAAAUGUUGUAAAGUAAUUGGGAGCAAAAUUAAAUCAUAAUAUGUAACCUGAAUUUAAAGAAUCCAACAAGUAAUAAACAUCAAAACAGUAGAAGCUGUUUCUUUUAUCAUGUAGCCUAAGCUGAACCUAUUACGCUGAACCUAUAUCGUAAGGCACUGCUGUUGACGUACAUUGCAAUUGGGUUAGAGAUAAGACUGUGCGUGUAAGAGAACAGCUAUUUAACCUGCGAGGUAAAAGAGAAAGCAAUAUUGUAAUAGGUUUUAUUGUGUUUCAUGACGCCGACGUUGUGGUUGACGAGUGGGUGACCUUGCUGCUGAGUUUUAUAGUUCAGGUCUAUGCAUAAAGGGGAGUGGCAUAAAAAAAAAUGUGGUUUUGCAGAACGCUUCUGGUUCUUGUGAAGUGUUCACGAACUUACGAGGGCAGCUAGUAAAGAAUUUACCAUCAGAAACAAGACACGUUUCGCAUUAUUGAUUGUCAUGCAAUCGCCUUUACCGCUGAUAGUGCUGAGAAGUUGCACAUCGAGCUGUCAAUUACAUUAAAAGGAAAACUGCUCCUAAUCAGCUUAUUAUACUGUAUGUAGCAAGAACUGGUCAGCUGGAACUAACUGAACAGUGGGCACACCAAAGGGAGAAGAGAAAAGACAUCCAGAUGGCCAUAGUAACAGAAUAUUGGUGAUUUCUUUUUAAAAAUUUCAAAUAAUAAUUUUUUCGCACGUGUUCUGUGGGAACUCUGCUGUAUGGAAGAGCUUGUCAAAGGAAGGCUAAAGCACAUCUAGAACUCGGAGAUGGAAGAACGCAACAGAAUGAAAACAGAACAAGAAGGGAUUGUUACAAAUGGACCACUGCACAAGACAGCGUUUACAGAGGUGCAGUUCGGCCCAAUGAAGCUCCACGUGGAUCAACUUCAGGUACUUUUAGUAUUUGCCAAAGAAGAUAGCCAGAGCAAUGGAUUUUGCUGGGCAUGUGAGAAAGCUGGCUUCAGGUGUAACACUGCCAAGACACCCGAAUCUGCACUGGAGAGUUUUCUAGAGAAGCACCAUGACAUCAUCAUCAUUGAUCAUAGACACUCCAGAAGCUUCGAUGCGGAAGCACUGUGUCGGUCAAUUAGAGCAGCAACAUCUUCAGAAAAUACAGUCAUUGUUGCAGUAGUUAGAAGGCAGGAUCGAGAAGAUGCCUCUGUUAUGCCACUGGUUAACGCUGGAUUCAAUAGGAGAUACAUAGAAAAUACCAAUAUUAUGACCUGUUACAAUGAACUUCUUCAGUUGGAGCAUGGGGAAGUCAGGGCACAGUUCAAACUAAGGGCAUGCAAUGCUAUCUUCACAGCACUAGAGCAAAGUCAGGAAGCCAUUGAAAUCACAAGUGAAGAUCACGUGAUCCAGUAUGUAAACCCUGCCUAUGAAUCCAUUAUGGGAUACCAGCAAGGGGAACUUCUAGGGAAAGACAUUACAGAAGUGCCUAAAAGUGAGAACAACAAAGCUGACCUCCUUGACACCAUUAAUUCUUGUAUAAAGAUAGGAAAGGAGUGGCAAGGGAUUUAUUAUGCCAAAAAGAAAAAUGGAGAUAGCAUACAACAAAAUGUGAAGAUUACACCUGUUAUUGGACAGGGAGGAAAAAUUAGACACUAUGUGUCUAUUAAAAGGCCAUUACAUGACAACAAUAAGGCUGACAAAUCAAGUGAGCGUGUCCAGGCUGAAUCUCAGACAGAUAUCCAGUCUUGCAAGCACAAAGACAGACGGAAAGGCUCGUUGGAUGUUAAGUCAACCACUUCACGGGGGAGUGAUGGCAGUUCACAGCGAAGGCACUCAUCUAUGGCCAGGAUCCAUUCCAUGACCAUUGAAGCGCCCAUCACAAAGGUAAUAAAUAUCAUAAAUGCUGCACAAGAAAGUAGCCCAAUGCCUGUAGCUGAAGCCUUAGACCGAGUGCUGGAGAUCCUGCGGACCACAGAGCUCUACUCCCCACAGUUUGGGGCUAAAGAUGAAGAUCCACAUACAAGCAACCUUGUUGGCGGUCUUAUGACAGAUGGUUUGCGGAGGUUAUCAGGGAAUGAAUACCUCUUAGCUACAAAACAUCCCCAUCAUAUCCCCAGUCAUCUGAUCACUCCACUGUCUCUCAAUGACAUCCCACCCCGCGUAGCCCAGACCAUGGAAAAUGAAGACUCCUGGGACUUUGAUAUUUGUAAGCUGGAGGGUGCAACAAUCAAAAGGCCUUUGGUUUAUCUUGGUCUCAAAGUAUUUUCUCGCUUUGGAGUCUGUGAAUUCUUAAACUGCUCUGAAGUAACUUUAAGGUCUUGGCUACAAGUGAUCGAAGCAAAUUAUCAUCAAACAAACUCCUAUCACAACUCCACGCACUCAGCCGAUGUACUGCAUGCAACAGCCUAUUUCCUUGGCAAAGAAAGGGUAAAGCAAAGUCUUGACCAGAUUGAUGAAGUAGCCGCCCUCAUCGCUGCCACUGUCCACGACGUGGACCACCCCGGAAGGACAAACUCCUUCCUGUGCAAUGCAGGAAGUGAGCUGGCGAUUCUCUAUAAUGAUACAGCUGUGUUAGAGAGCCACCAUGCAGCGCUGGCUUUCCAACUCACCACACGAGACGAAAAGUGUAAUAUAUUUAAAAACAUGGAGAGAAAUGAAUAUCGAACACUCCGGCAAGCCAUCAUCGACAUGGUUCUGGCAACUGAAAUGACAAAGCACUUUGAGCACGUCAACAAAUUUGUGAACAGCAUUAACAAGCCUUUGGCAGCACUGGAAGAAAAUGGGGCAAAUGGGGAUGCCGAUUCUGUCAAAAGCAUCUUGACAUCGCCUGAAAACCGUAUUCUCGUCAAACGCAUGUUAAUAAAGUGUGCCGACAUCUCCAAUCCCUGUAGACCACUAGAACUGUGUAUUGAGUGGGCAGGGCGCAUUUCAGAAGAAUACUUUGCACAGACUGAUGAAGAAAAAAGGCUUGGCCUCCCUGUGGUAAUGCCUGUUUUUGACAGAAACACAUGCAGCAUCCCCAAAUCACAGAUAUCCUUCAUUGAUUACUUCAUAACAGACAUGUUUGAUGCUUGGGACGAAUUUGCAGACCUGCCCAACCUAAUGCAACACCUGGAUAACAACUUCAAGUACUGGAAAGAACUGGAUGAAAAGAAGCUGCGGAGUCUUCGACCUCCACCUGAAUAACCAACCAGGCCCCUCCGACUACACAUUCAUUAACAUGAUGGGUGGCCACCAGAGACCUCCCUUGUUCAUGAAGAUACAGACUGUUUCUGUUAUGGCAAUAUCACAGUGAGACCAGACCAGGUGUACCUUAAAACUAUAGACUUAUCAUUAACUACAUAAAAACGUUUUUAAAAAACAAAACAAAAACAAAAGCAGCGUUUGCAACUGGUUCCUGCGGACUGUGACAAUCCUAAAGAUUUUAUGGUUCAGGUGACAUGGGAUUCCUACUGUGUAUACCUGACGCAGUAUCGCCGGGCAAGCACGCCAGGUGGAAAAACAAACAGACAGAAACAAGUGUCCUGAAACAGGUUUCAAGACAGUAAUGAUGAAGGAAUGGAGGAAAUUGUUGUUUAUGGGACUGCUGUGGCCUGAUACAAGGCUAGGACGACACAGUUUGUAGAAAUUACACUGAAAGAAGCCAUGAGUACUGUGUACAUACUGUACGUGUUAAGUUCACAUAAUUAGGUUUGCACUUUUUAAAGGUGCAGACACUUCUAAACUUGUGCUACACUCCAUCUUCAUUUUAAACUUCUCUGUUCUCACUGUUUCUCAUAAACAAGUCUACUGAACCACAUCUCCCAAGUCCCAAAGGAGCAGUUGGGUGCAGUCUGCGAAGAUGGGCAAUUGUAUAAAAGAAGGAGCUUUUUAAGCAUUCCAAACUUGAUCAUUAGCAUUUAUGAUUUAGACUUUUAUUGAUUUUAUUUAUUUUGUUAGAUGUUUAAUAUUUUCUAUGAAUUUAUAAAAACUGAAGAAAAAAAGCCAAAGCUGACUUUUAAAAGCAUUACAGUUUUACACGAGUCAUAUCCAUACAUACACAUUUUAUUGAUGUAUAGACCUUUUAUUUUCAUAAUGCAAAUACUAAAUGACACCUUUCUAUUGCACUGUAAGAAUAGAUGUGUAUGUUUUAAUAUUUUGUCCAUUACUUGGGAUGAUAUCAUUAGGAAUAAGCUGUUUCCUCCUAAGGGAAUGGAAAAUGUAUGCAUACACACUGAAGCUGUGAUUAUCCCAGCCAUGCACCUUUUGGGUAACAUUGUAACCUUCCCAGGUCUCAAAAACAGGAGAACUAACUGUAAAACAUCCUUGGAAUUCAAAGAGUUUUCUCCCCAGAUAUUUUGUAUCAGAUAUCCUACUGAAAGACUGCCUUAUUUUAUACAAUAUUUAUACAAUACACCCGCAGUGUAAAUUAAAGGAAUAUUUGGAUUUUUUUUUUUAACCAUUUAGAGAAAAAAAAAUACUAUUUAAUGAAUCUCAAAAUUUUUAUAGUCUAUAUAUUUUCCACUAAAGAGAGGGGAAAAAGUGAACACAAGAUGUUUGUAAAGAUGUUUGACUAAAACAUUGGAAGGGCAUUUAAGAUACACAACUUAAAAUAAACAUAUGUAUAUUUUCA